UUUGGAACGCGAUCUUUGUUAUUAUCAUCAGGGCCGGUGCCACGACCCCAACUUUUUAUCUGUCUUUAUACAGGACUGUGCUGGAACGGCAUAGCAACUCGUUCCCCUUCAGGUGAACUCUUCCAGGGGGAUCCUUAAGAGUCGCCACUGGCACGCAGAUUCAGCACGUCAGCCGCAUGCCCAUCCUUUUUUGUUUAAAUAACUCGAUCCUCUGCAUUUCCCAACGUACCAUUUCUCUGUCUUUCCACCAUGCCAAAGCGUAUCCCCACCCCUCCUCCUGGAGACGAUGAACCUCGCUACCUCACUGUCGUUCAUCCUUACGUCCUUGACGGUCAUUGCAACAUGGAGUUGCCCAAGGAUAGACAGGAUUUUGCGCGUUGGGUAGCAUGCUGCAUCGAUGCUAAGUAUUUUUACGCGUUUUUUCACAAGCCCAGUGCACGCGACAUGGUUAUCAUCGAAAUAGCUCGCGAAUGCCCAGAACUCGAUCGCUUACUCGGCGAGCAUCGCUGGAGGGAGUUCCUGAAGAAGUCGUCCAAACAAGAACAGGAUCAAGUCUCGAAGGUAUUUUAUUGCACUUAUAGCACUGGAAGACAAGUCCAGAAGAAUGGCUGGAAGCGCAUAUACGUCGAAGACGCUUGGUUUAAAAUGUGGUCGCCGAACAAUCAUUUAAUCACUUUCCCAUACCCUGAAACCCAUUUUUGUGAAGUGCCGAUCGAGGAUCAGACCAAUCAUCCCAUGUGUAGGCCCCUUCCGGGCGCCGUAAAGCGCCCUCCCCCUGAGGCGCUGAUGGCUCCUCCACCAGUCGUCGGUUCCGAACAAUGGACCACCGACAAACAGGUUCCUGCUCCCAUUGCGAGGUGGACCAAAGGCGCCCCGAAGUUUACAGCACCAGUUGGCAACGCAUGGAAGGCUGCUAUCGCUGCUUCCUCUCCGCCCAUCCCUGGGCUCAAGAAGCAGCCCGCAGUUGGCGGCGGACCUAUCGCAGUGAAAGCAUCUGAUGUUUGGGUCGGCCUUCCUGCGUCCUCAGGACUUGGACCGAACGGGUGGUCAGACUCCCCCACUGGAUCUGGAAGGAAUACUCCUCCAAGCGGGGCACCCUCUCCUUUACCCAGAACAAUAUCUAAUCAAUCCCCCACCAUCCCUCCCGGUCUGAGUGGUCCGAAAGCUUGGGAUGAUGGAACAUCCUACCCUACUCAUCCUCCUGGAAUUCCGGCAGUACACAACGCAUGGGGCGCUCCUCGCAUUGCAACGGCGCCUAGCCUCGAUCGCGAUAACACAAGUAUCGCUAGCUGGAGCUCUAACGGAGGGUCUUCCAAUGCCAGCACCGAUAUCGUACUUACUCCUGAGGACUGUCCAUACAGGGUUCAAGUCCAAAUCUCGGACAGUAUGGAACGAGCACUGGACGGGUUGUCAGUCCAUGACGGUGAUAUGGAUCCCGAUCUCGCUGAGCUGGACUCGAUCGCACCCGGGAGGUGGGAUGAGCCCGCGAGUACUGACGUUUGGCCUACUGCGGAUGGGGCUACUUGGGACGAUGCUCCUGCAGAUGCCGAGGCGCAGUGGAUGGAGCUGAACGAUAACAAGGAGCAGGAGAAGCCAAUUAUAUGCAACGCCCAUGGAAUCAUCUGCAGGAAGGGAAUAUGCAGGGAGUACGCGAAGCAGGUUCGCGACGCGGAGAGAGCACAGAAGGAUACAGGUUCGAACAACAAGAAGGGUAAAGGCAGAGGCAGAGGCAGGGAGUAUGGCAGAGGCGGGGGAGAAGGAGGGGGAAGGGUAGGUGGUGGUGGAGGCACCGAUCGUGGUGGACCUCCUAAUAAUGCAUUCCGAGGUCGUGGCGCGCCCGUGAAGUCCAAUUGGCGAAGCGCUCCUAGGGCCAUCGUAUCCGCCGCUGCCAUGGAGCGCCGGGAGAGCCUCAAUGAAGCGGAAUCCGUCGCAGCUGAAACUGCGAAUGGAUGGGGAAAUCCGUCAAAUGCCUCAUGGAAUGCGGGCGAAGAUGUGCCUGAAGAGGCAGAGCCUGCGGGCAAUGGCGCGCCUGAGCCGUCUAAUGACGGCUGGGGCCAAUCUGAAGCUAGCUUUGACCCUUGGCUUAUCCCUUCGGAGCCCAAGCCCAAGCCUCAGCAGAAGCCCGCGCCCCAAUCUCACCCAAGGCUCAGUCCCAGUCUCAGUGGAGGCCGCAGCAGAAGCUCCAAUCGCAGCAGAAGUUCCCACCGCAGCAGAAAGCCCAGGCGAACACCAACACCAACAACGCCUGGGUCAAGCAGAGGCCUUCCACUUCAUGGGCAGAUGAGGUGGAUGCCCAUAGCGCUGCUGGAUACCCUGACGAUGAUGGGUUCUCCACUGCCAGUAGCAGGCGUGGUGGGCGGGCCCCGGUGAAGGCUCCCAAGAGCUCUACCAGCGGGUGGGGUACUGUCGACGAGAAGCCCUGGUAAGCAUAUCGAGCGGACACAAUCGCAGGGUCGUCCCGUCUCCAUAUUUGUAUUUUUUACGUGAAGUUCCAUUCCUU